GGGGCGUUCAGCCACUUGACUCUAAGGAGAGGGGCAAGCCAAAACGGACUCCUAAGAAGUUGCUGGCUUUUCAUCAGCCGUUGCGCGCUAGCGCGCUAGCCUUUUCCCAACCUAGUAAAGGGGCUGCUAGUUGUAGCGCGCAGUGUACUAGUGAAUAGGAAAAGCGAAUUGAGAUUACUAAUGACGGAUGGAGGUUGAGGGUAGAACAUGUUCGGUGCCUCGCCCUUGUCUCCUUCGCCGUAGACUGAAAAUGAUGGGAAUCCUAUCGAUAAAGAAGAGGCAUAAGCAUCGCCUCUCGAUCCAAUCCAUCUUCCCUGGCCUCCCCAACACACUCUUGAUACGAAAGAAACCUCCCGCCAUAGAGAAGAGAUCGAAAGUCUGGGUCCCCUCGAUCACCCUCCCUCUCCCUGUAGGUCGAGAGAGAUGAACCCGCACCACAUUUUUUCGAAUCGAAAGCCCCAACUAGAGAUGGAAUUCCAGAACCUAAACAACUCAGUUGAGAGCUCCGUGACUGGUUCAAGGGAAGGUCAACCAAUGAUUGAUAGGCCAUUCCCUCCCUAUCCGUCUCUUGAUCCCUCAUUCCACUAAUCCGUUGUUACUGAUUCAUUCAAGGCAUAGACUCUCCAUUUCUUUGUCUUAUUAGCGCAGGUGUUCGUCAACGAUGAAAGCCGCUGAACUUCAGACUCGAGUGGAGAAAGAGGGCUAGGCCCCCGGAGGGCUUUCAGGGACUGGGGAAGACGGGUGGAUUAUAGAGCUAGGGUAGGGGCAAAUCGAAGGCCCAUCGGGAUUGGGCAUGGACGAGCCUCGACUGGGCCAGCAUUGAUGAAAAAAGAAAAACUUCCCCCAUCGCAUCAUUAACCGGUGUAGGAUUCAAGAUCAGGUCCAGGAUUCGAGUCAAAUCGACCUUCCCUCUCAUCUCAGGGUGAGGCAAGGAAUUGUUUCAAAUGUUCGUUGUUCAAUAUCUCGGCUGCUCAAGAAGUUUGACUAGUUGCUCCUCCGACCCGGAGUGGAUUCUAGGGGAAGGGCAGAGCCUCACCUUGCAGUAGGAAGGUGUUCGUUGUUGGGACGGGUUCAAACUGGACUGAAGGGAGGAGGAAAAAAAGAGUCCUCUCUUCCUGGUCCUAUCGAACCAGACACUGAAUACCUGGGGAUUCAUCACUGGCUAGGGCUUUCGAAUCAAAGCAUGGGCAUCUGCUAUUAAGAGGGAGCAGUAGAUCGUCGAUUGAAGAGCCAGGUCAGUCAACUUCUAUUGGGACUUCUAUUGAUUAUUAAUUCGACUCUAGGGACUCCUAGCAGCAAACUAGUAUAAAAAAAGGGGCCCCCAUAGAGAGGCAGGAGAUGCAGGAGCCGCCAGCCGGAUCGACCAACAAAUGAUAGGCCAGAGAGAUGGGCUCAUUCGACUAAUCAGUGAUCCCUGGGCCUACCUAACACAGAUGUCCCUGAAAUAGGGGAUUGGUUGAUCGGAAAGCUCAGGCAGGAGUAGGACAUUCCAUACAAAUCUUUCUGAUCCGCUAGCUGGUGGUCCUCUCCUUAGAGUCAAGUGGCUUUCAGCUCCUCUCAAAUCCCAUUUUUUCAUCGACAGGUAGGGUGAAUUCUAAGGUUCCUUAUUCCGGUUGUAAAGCGGAAGAAGAGGGAGAAUGGGCACAGCCCCACUAGCAGCCCGCGUUUCCGACCCGAAAGGAAUGGAAAAUGAAAGAAGAAUCUGUGUACACUAUCUAUGGAGUGGAGUGACUAUCCUUAAUCUCCUCUUCCCUAUCUCCCCCUUUUUUGCCUGCGGCUAUUACCGGCUGGCAAGGCUUGGCCCAACAUUGGAUUUGUUUGAAAACUACCAAGGUGGCAUUCAUUCAAUCAAAUCUUUUAUGCCUAUGCCAGCCCAAACUAAUUGACUUUUUUUGGAAAGGAAGGAAUGCAGGGAAGAAGUCUUUCCUUUCCACUGGUUCUUGAAAGCUAUCAAUCCCCGCUUCUCCCUCUCGCAUCGGUUCUGCAUCAGAUGAUGAGCCCAUGCGAAAACUUUCUCUUUUAUUGGCGCCCGAUAGGUAGGCUAUUAGAUUGAGUCGAAAGCCUACCAACGCAUAAAGGUUCCGAUUCGAGCGAGAGCCCAAACGGGUGAGGCGAGAAGAUCUUGAUCGAAAGCUCCACUGUUCUGAAUAGUGAGAAAGAAUGAAAUUCGAUCAAAUCGAUCGAGAAUCUCAUCAUCUGUUAGGUGGGCCAACCGACCGACCGAGUUGGGCUGGGCGUCCAUGUCACAGAACCUUUCUCUAGCCAAGAAUCCCAUUAUUGAUCGAAUCGGGGCGGAUCCAAUUCAUUGGCAAAUGCAAAAUCUAUCGUUUUAACACUCAGAAAAAAAACCUAGAAAAGAGGAAGAGUCACUAAGACAAGAGAGCUAUAGGUAAGCAAGCAAGAAGGAUAGAUGCAAAAAGGCGAGGCAAGGGGCGUUCAGCCACUUGACUCUAAGGAAAGGGGCUCUCCAUCUCUAGGAAGAUUGUGUACAGGAUCUGGUAAUCGUCGCCUUGCUUCUUCUGGUCGGCUCGUAUUAGCCUGUGCUUUAUUACAGGUAGUCAUUCCCCCGUUCCUUUAGUCUUUUCAAGGGUACUUUUUUCUUAAGUCGCGGUCAUGUCUUGCCCCCCCAGUAUAGUGACCGCUUCCAUGUUUUCCCCGAAUUUCAUCAGUUCCAGGCUCAAGUGCCUGUUCAUCCAUCUUCAUUCCAAACAAAGGCGAACAUCUCCAUUGAGUGACUGUAACUGCUAUGGUUUACAGUCAAUAGUUCUUAACCAACCCUUUCUUUUUUGAAUUCUGUUUGUUUAUUAAUUAAUUCAUUAUUAUAUUAUGUCUUUCUUUCUGAAGGGCUUGCGGUUUAUUACACCAAAGGCUUUCAGUGAACUAUUGAAGCUAUCGAGAGAGUACCAAAUGCUGACGGUGACGAAGGUUACCGACUUUCGGUGGACGCGGAGCCAACGAGUUCAGUCGAACAGCGUAACGAGUCUAAGGUUACAGAAGCCUUCGCCUACUUUGAUAGGCAUAGCAUUGCAAGCAAAUAGAGCAGAGAGCUUACCCUUUCUUUCUAUUAGAGUCGCGAGCUUGUUGUAGUCGGUCCUAAGGGGAGAACCUUGCUGCUUACUUGCUAUAUCCCCGCGUCCUUGCACGGCUCGGCUCGUUCUUCGAGCCCUGCUUCUCCCUUCCCCCUCUCCCCGUUCCUACCGUCCAAAACAGGCCUAUGGAGUAUAGCCAAGUGGUAAGGCAUCGGUUUUUGGUACCGGCAUGCAAAGGUUCGAAUCCUUUUACUCCAGAUUAUGAACACCCGAUCGGAUCUGUCAAGAACGAGCUGACGACUACAAGGGAAGCAGCUGACUGCAGUCCCUGAGCCCGCAAGCCAAAAGGUUGACUUGAACCUACCUUUGCUAAGAGAAGAGAGAGAAGGGAAAGACAGAUGGCAGAAAGAAAUCCUUCCAACCGCGGAAUUGAACACAAGACUGACUUCGGCCAGGUUCUUUUAUCAAUCUCCUGGCCCUUGCUUAACUCCUUGUUCCGUAAACCGGUCGCUGGUAGAUCUGAUCGGAUCCCGGACACGCGAGAGCCCAGCCCGGGAGGAAUGCAUGGUUCCCUGGCGCUUCAUGGGACGGACGUUCGCAGUCCUCCUCCAUCUAAUCUAACCCUACCUCGUUCGCCCAGGCCUGCCGGCACAAUAAGAGAAUGAGGGAGCUAAUCUGCUUGCUUGUGCAGGCGAGGACCGCUCGGCUAGGGCGCGCCAGAGGAGCUGAAAGCCACUUGACUCUAAGGAGAGGAGCUUCGAGUGCCUUUUUUCUUUGCUCUUCGACAGCCCUAACAAGUCACUUGAAGCUCUGCCCUUUGCUUUGCCCCGUGUUGUCUUCCUCCAGUUGCCCCCACCCAAUAGCCAAUAGGCCGAAAAAGGUUGCAGUCAAUUGCCCUUCCCGUUAUCAUCAAACAAAAGACUACCAUACACGCCGCCGGCAAGCUACCCUCGCCUACCUCAUCUAUAGGCAUUUCUAUCCGCCCGCGCGCGAGAUCAGAUCGACUACUCUACUACCAUCAUUCCGAAGGUUUUUUUAUUCAAAAGGACGGAGAAUGAAUAGCUUAUUCAUAAUCUUAUAGGCCCCGCACCGCUUCAUUCAAUUGCUCUGUCAUAAAGAAAGGGAAGGAAAUCUUUUUUUGAUCAAUCGCCUGAACCUGCCUUUCUUUCUUUGCCAGGAGGGGUGGCCCAAUCACUAAUAGAUCUCUCAACGGGAGCCUCAUUCUGUCUAGAGGAAAUAGCUUCGGUGGAUCCGGUUGAUUAAGUCGUUGUGUCUGUCGAUACCCACCUGCUCGGAGUGCGGGUAAGGGCUCACCUGUUGAUUGUGUCGUUGCAUGCUUUUUGGUAGAGCCCCCACCUCCCACGGCUACAGCCAGCACCAGGAGCCUAGAAAGGUAUAGGCACCAGUUCAUUCAGUCAAUGAAGCUGCAGUCGGUUCUGAUGAUUAUGCCGUUUCAAGUGGAUGUUCAGUUGGUUCAGCGAUAGAUGUAGUCGAUGGGGUAGAGGGUCUGCAGAUACUCGUCUAGCUCCUCAUUGCCCCAACCUUCCCUGUAGGCUCCCUGCUCCGCCAGCGCGACAACUGUCCAAAUCAUUUGACGCUUCUUCUCACUGAGCAGCCCCUUUCCUUAGAGUCAAGUGGCUGAACGCCCCUCUCCUUCCACUUCAGGUUCGGGGAGCUCCGGCAGGGGGACUUGAGUCUCAGCAGAACCUUCCCUUUUCUUCUCUCUCCUUUCCCUCAUCUCCCGGGCCUCAACCGAAUUUGCUCCAUUUUGCUCAGUUGGGGAGCGGAGGUACCCUCGAGCGGUGUAUGGGCUGUGAUAUUUGUGGUAGCGGGGGUAGAACUCGGAAGGCUGGCCAAGGUUGUGUCCUUCCGAGCGGACGAGGUCGGCUCGGUGACCGAGGGCUUGCGUGGAGGCGGCAUUGCGACCACGGGCUUGGACGUCACUUCAACAUUUCUCUGCUUUUUUGAGGCCCGAGUGAAGGCAUAUAUGUCGAACGGAUUCACAAUAAACAAAGGCGAUUGAAAAACCCCAAAAAAAAGAAAGGGGGCUUACUCGUGACGAUGUCGGGCAGGGUGUCAUAGAAAGAUGUUUGGGGUAGUGGCUGUAAGUUCGAAGGCUUUUGUGUUAUUCGAGUGAGGAUGUGAAUAAGUAGAAAAGGAAAUAAUUAGGCUUUGAACUUACCUUCUCUGGAUGGAAGGGGUGACCGGGAUAAGUGAUAUGCGAAAAGCGAUAUGCUUUACACGCCCGCUUCCAGGACGUCACGCCCACGCGUCUCCUGACUGUAAUGGUUGGGCUUGGCUCUGCUCGCCGGUUGUGCUGCGUGAGCCUACAGAUGCCUCCAAGCAAGCGAAGGUUUUCGGGGUAAUCGCCGCGCGUCCUUCCCAUGCUCCGUGACAACGGCGGUACCCCGAAACAAAGGGGCCAGUCUUCGUCGUGCCGGGGUAUCCCGAUCCGGAUGCCACGAAAAUUUAGGGAAGCCUUUUUCUUAAAAGACUUUCUGCGACCGGUGAGAAAGCGGACGACUUUAGGGCUUAAAGGAACACCUUUCUCUUUCAUAUUGAGUCCUCAGAGGUGCGGCCCACUUGGUGUCGGAUCAGCUCGACAGGUCACUCAAUAGUCUUUCGCGGAGUAUCCCCUGUUUUAGUGAACCCUGGGAGUUGUCGGCGGCUCGACGAUCUUUAUUCCAAAGGUUUACCGAGGUGAAGCUUUUGACAGGUAUUCUUUUAUUUGUAGGUUUCUCUACUUCAGGCUCUUCCGAGGGCCUUUGUUUGAGGUGAGGUUCUAUAGUUUGAUGGUUACUUAUGUUCUCCUCUCCCCUUCCCCGGUAGCUAGGAAAGAUUUCGAAAUAUAUUUCCUUCCUUCCGUUCAGGGGCACUCUAAAGGCUUUGCAACCUUCAGAGCUGGUUGACAGCCGUCUAGUCAGUCCCUCUCGCUCUUUGAUAGACAUCUUUCGGUUCUCGGUCUCAUCCGACGAACAACUUUAGGUCUUUAUUCUGUGUCCUAUCCUUCCUUGCGGAUUCCCGCUUUCUGAAGGAGUAGCGGCCUGUGUCUCCGGCUCUGGGAGAACUUUACCUAUAGCUAACCUAGAGAGCUUUACUUUAAGAUAGCUCGGGCAGGCACUCUUCUUCGGAAAGAGGAGUUGCUUGCCUUACCACACCAACCACCUUAGCGCUGGAAGUUCUAGCAAUGGGCAGCUAGGCAAAGGAAUAUUAUAUAGCAAUUUCAUAUUCAUUAGAUAAGAGAUUGUGGAUCUGUUCUUAGUGAGGACAACCGGAUUGGGACGAUCAGGUCGGUUGAGGGCAGCAGCACACCAAUAGGUGGAUUGCUAUUCUUGUACUCUUUGGGUAAAGGGCAGGAGCGCCCCAUAAUCAUUGACGAAGAGGAAGGCUUGGAAAGGGAUCAAACAUAUUGAGGAGGAGCUUUCACAAAGGCCAAUAGCCGAUAGCUGAUGUCACUAGCCUUAACUUCUUUAUCUACUUGAAAGCUGAUGGGAAAUCCUAUUUGUUUUGUUCAUUACUAAAAUGAAUCGAAUCCUAUCAAAUAUUUCUAUUUAUCCUUUGAAUUACUCAUAUAUAUCCUAUGAAUUUCAUUUCGCACCGGAAACUAUUCUAGGAGAAGUUCGAAUCCGUUCCGUUCGGAUAUUGAUUGGUCUUGGUUUGACAUGGUUUACGCGUUACUGGUUCCCGGAAGAGUUAAUAUCUCCAUUAGCUAAACCCUUUCUUACCCUGCCUUUGGAUUCGUAUUUUGUUCGUACACAAUCAACGGAGGCCUUCCCGACAUAUGUUGCAACGUCUCCAAUAGCAUGCUCUUACUUCGUCUUUCCCUUAAUAAGUCAUCAAAUUUGGUGCUUUUUGAUCCCCAGUUGCUAUGGGGAACAAAGGACGAAAUACAAUCGAUUCCUCCAUUUAAGUGGUUCUCGCUUCUCCUUGUUCCUGUUCCUAACUCCUCCCCGGGUAGUUCCCAAUGUUUGGCACUUUCCAUACUUCAUGGGUGCAACAUCAACAAAUUCGCUCAUGAUCAAGUUACAACCUAAGAUCUAUGACCAUAUUAUGUUAACUGUUCGUAUUUCGUUCAUUCCAUCGGUAUGCUCCCAGGUACCUGUAAUUGUGAUCCGUUUGCCAGAACCAAGGGGUCUUUCUGUAGAAACCUCCACGAACAAUCGUCGUUUUUUGAUGGUUUUUCCGCUUCUCACAGCUGCUCUUUCCACACCUCCGGAUAUCUGGUGCCAAAUUGUCGCCCCUUUCCUUAUUUCUUUGAUAAUAGAGUUGGCUAUCUUUGUGGCAUCGAUUGUACAAGUUCGUGAAGAGGGCUGGACGAGUGGAAUGAGGGAAAGCGGCUCGAUCGACAAAAAAGAAGAGUAGCCUCCCUAGAACCUGGCAAAGUCAUUAUCAAUGAAUUCCCGAGCAAUUCUCAACCAACAUAUGCGAUUCAUUCCCGUAAAGAUUAUAACACACAAGAAGACUCCUUACCGCUCCGUGGGGAGCGGGAUGAGUGAUACAUCUGGCGAGCGCCGGUGAAGAACGCAAGCAAAGCUGGAGCUCGGGUAUUGAUAUAUUCCAUCAAGAGAAAGGA